GGUGGUUUGGUAUGACACACGGCAAAAGAUGGGGGGUCAGGGUUCAACAGUGUGGAAGUCAGACUGCCCAGACUAACGUGUUGAGAUUUCAAUCCCUACUUCCCUAGUAGACCGCAAACCAGUCCAAGUCUUUCGUCUCACACAGAUCUCUCUCUCGCACACUGUAUAACUCACGCACUAUAUUCUGUGACCUGUGUCCAUCUCUCUGUAACUCGCACCUUCAUAGAGAGAACACAUGGACAUUGCCCUCUCUGCGGUGACGAGCGAAAUAAUCAGCCGGUUUGCGUCUUUCCUCAUUAGCAAAUACAGAGAGCACACAUGCCUUACCAAGAAGAAGAGGAACCUGGAAUCGCUGCGUCGGCUCCUUCUCAGGGUUCACUGUAUGGCGUACAUGACACACUGCGUCGUCGAGGAGGCCGAGGGGCGAUACAUCACAAACUCAAGGAUGCUGCUGCAGCUCAGGAUGCUCAUGGAGGCUAUGUACCGGGGGUAUGAUGUCUUGAACACCUAUGGUCCCUUAGAACAGAUCAGAACACAUGUGGAGGUUAGUAGCUCUUAUACCAUGGCUUUCCCUAUCGUCAGACGUUCUGGUAGCAAGGAGGUGCAGACUGCACUGGAAACGUUGGAGGGCGCCACCACAAACAUAAACGAAUUCAUCACCCUCCUAACAGGCUGCGAACGCAUGUUCCGCAGCCCGUAUAGUUGCUACCUUUAUAUGGACAACUUCAUGUUUGGCCGCCAGGUUGAGAGGCAGCAUGUCAUGAACAUCUUAUUGCAGGAUAAUGAUCCCCAUAGGGUUCUGACCGUGCUGCCGGUCAUCGGUGGUUGCAGAGUAGGCAAGAAAACUUUAGUCUGGAGCGUUUGCUCCGACGAGAGGAUCUGUUCCCGCUUCUCUUCCAUUAUCCAUGUCAAUGGAUGUGAGAUUCAAACAAUUGACCAUGACAGCUUCAGUAAUGUCAGGACUUUGGUUACCGUUGAAAUUCAGUCAGAUGUGGAUGACAAGGAAUGGUACAAGUUUCACUCACUGCUCCUGACUCGCACGGGUAAAGGAAGCAAGGUUGUGAUCAUAAGCCGGCUGGAGAAGCUAGCGAGGUUCGGAACCGUAAACCUGGUACGAAUCAAUACCUUCUCACAAGAGGAAUACAGCUACCUUUUCAAGGUCCUCGCGUUCGGUAGUUCUGACCUGGUGCACCAUCCGCACCUAGCAUUGAUAGGGAAGGAGCUAGCAACAAUGAUGAAGGGGUCACUUGUCCAUCUAAACGUGUACUCCAGCAUGCUGAGGAACAACCUGAAUGUUCCAUUCUGGAUCCGUGUCCUGAAACUGUACAGAACAAUGAUGGAGACUAAUCUAUCCACCUUCGGAGAACACCUGAGAGCUCUUCUUGACAAAGGUAGCACCGUAGACAUCACUGAGUUUUCACCCUCAUCAUCGUCGUCUCGAUUUAUGCUACUGGUUGGUGGAAAGGACUCCUCCAGAUCAGGUGAGCUCCCCAGGAUGACAUUUGGAGACAUAAUAGCAGGCUAUGUUGUUCUGCCAAUGAAGUUUGAGCUCGUGUGGGAGUCAAGGUUACCCCCUUACACCGUUAUCUCUGCCACUUGUGUCGCAGAGAAGCAUGAGCACUCACCCAUACCAAGGAAGAAACGCUGUAGAUUAGAUACGUCUAUGUAGGCCAUUUAUGUGUCAGGCUGCUUCCUGAUAUAAAAUCCAGUUGAGGGACUCUUCGAUUCAAUGGGAUUUUAUCUUAUAUCGAUUUUUGGAUGGUUGCCAUAUGAUUUGCAGGACUGCAAUUCUUAGGAAAAGUUCCUAUGAAAUCACUGUACUAUGUUUUGGAGGAAAACUUCGAUCCACUCCAAGUCUCCAAACUCCUUUUAGAAUUCCUAUGGUUUUCCCAUGUUGUAUGAAACACCAUUUAUUAGUCCUAAGGAUUAAGGAUAGCAUAACACUCCAAUCCUGCACUUUUACUAUGUCUGUUUUAGAACCCUAUGUAUCAAAUAGGCCUAGAAUGCAUCACUUCUCGUUAACAUAGUGUAUAUCCCCAAUUUCGUCCUCCCAAAUAUGUAAAGGUGUGCCCUGACACUCUUCUUGUUCCUUUCAGUUCAACAGAUCCUCCUUUA